AUGUCUGAUAUGUUCAAAGUGACAGAUAUGGUACACGGAAGUGAAUGCUAUUGAUUGAUCCGGUGCAAAAAAGCCACCCACAAGUGAUUUGGGUGUUUGAUAUUGUGAUAAAAGUGGAGUCGUCUGGGUCACCUGCGGAGGUGUAGGCGCCAGGUGACACAAUAUCUCAUAUUUAGGAAUAUUCACCACAAAAGCCCACAAUUCAGAUUUUCCCGUCUAUACAAGUAUCCCUACAUGUAGGUGCUUUGCAACUUGAUGCCCCUGGUUGUACCAAAGGAACCUAGAUAAAUUAAUUAUUAAUUAAUUAUUAAUAAAAAAAAAUGUGAUUAGUGUGUUUGUGAUUAGUGGAAUUAAAAAUUUUAAAAUUGUGAUUUUAUGUGACAUCUUUAGUAUGAAUUGGAUCUCAUAUAGUAGUGACAAAGGGUGUAAACUUUUUAGCGUGUCAAUUGAGGGCAGGGCAAAUGGAUGAGUUUAUUUCAAACUAAAGGCAAAUGGAAUUGCUGCUGUAAUAUAUUAAAAUAAAUAACCAAAACUUUAUCAACACUAAGAUUUCCAAAACAAUGACGUCCGAGGAUCUCCUGCAACCGGGCCACGUGGUGAAGGAGCGCUGGAAAGUGGUGCGGAAGAUUGGAGGCGGUGGCUUUGGGGAGAUAUACGAGGGUCAGGAUCUCAUAACGCGCGAACAGGUGGCCCUAAAAGUUGAAUCGGCCCGUCAGCCGAAACAGGUGCUUAAGAUGGAGGUAGCUGUGCUGAAGAAGCUCCAGGGGAAGGAGCACGUUUGUAGAUUUAUCGGUUGCGGUCGCAAUGAUCGCUUCAACUACGUUGUGAUGCAGCUACAGGGGAAGAAUUUGGCAGAGCUGCGUCGGGCUCAGCCACGUGGAGCCUUCAGUCUCAGCACAACACUGCGGUUGGGAUUGCAAAUUUUGCGUGCUAUUGAGUCCAUCCAUUCGGUGGGUUUCCUCCAUCGGGACAUCAAACCGAGUAAUUUCUCCGUGGGAAGGCUACCCUACAACAGCCGACGCGUCUAUAUGCUUGACUUUGGGCUUGCCCGGCAGUACACAACGGGUACGGGUGAGGUUCGUUGCCCACGUGCUGCUGCGGGAUUCCGAGGGACUGUUAGGUAUGCGAGUAUCAAUGCGCACAGAAAUCGCGAAAUGGGUCGUCAUGAUGAUCUGUGGUCGCUAUUCUACAUGCUAGUGGAAUUUGUAAAUGGGCAACUGCCGUGGCGAAAGAUCAAAGAUAAAGAACAAGUUGGGCUGAUGAAGGAGAAAUAUGAUCAUAGAUUGCUCCUGAAGCAUCUACCGUCUGAUCUCAAGCAAUUCCUCGAGCACAUCCAGUCACUCAUGUAUGCCGACAAGCCGGACUACACAAUGCUAGCAGGCCUGUUUGAGCGCUGCAUGAAGCGUCGUGGGGUUAAGGAGUCCGAUCCGUAUGAUUGGGAAAAGACAGAUUCCGGAACAAGUGGUACUGUGAUAUCUACAAACUCACUCCAGAGCAAUCUACCGAGUCAGCUGCGCAACGAACAUAUGCACUGCAACAUGACACAAAUGACCGUUGCUGCAUCCAAUGCCAGCAACAUGGAACAAGUGGUACAACCACGACGGGAACCUCCGGCCCAGGUACCCACAACGGAGCCCGUGAAUCGCGAUAAGGCACCAACAUUGGAUAAGAAUUGCAAUGCAUCAGCUGUAACACAGCCCCUGGUUGCAGCAUCCAUGAUUCCGCAGCCAACACGAUCUCAGGCCCCAUCGAGGAUUCAUCGGCCUGAUGUGCACCAUCAACCGGGUGUUAAAGCACAAUUGCCCCACAUUACAUCAUCCCUCUCGAGUCCGACCAAGAGGCAACUGCAGGCAGAUUAUGCUUCCAGAUGCAGUCGACGACAGAAGACACCUUCAAUUAGAGACGAUACAAGUUACUCAAGCUACGUGGUUGUGGGGGUUUCAAUGAACUCUGGUAUUCCAAUUCGGCAGCAGCAACAACAGGUACAGCAGCAGGGAAAGCAACAAGCUGCAGCAGAACAGGAGACGAAAAACAAUGAAAAUACUCCACCAACAACUAAGAAUACUGAGAAGGGUAGCAUUGGACGCCUUCGGGUACUAACAGCACCACCCACAAGUGUUCACGAUUUAGGAAGCUGCACGGAAACAGUUACAUCCAAUCCGGCACCUCCACCAAAUCGUGGGGUGGUCAAGAGUGCCAGCGGUAGGAGGCAGGGUGCUCUGCGUACGGGCUCAAGUUCCAGGGUGACCCAACGUGAUCAUUCAGUGACUCAAUUUGCUGUGAUUGACGAUGAGAACGUAUCGGCUUUGCAACAGAUAACACGUGGCGGUGGUGGUGCUCUAACACUGGCAUCUCAGUGGAAAUCCCAAUUUGACGACUCGGAGGAGACAACGGACAACGAGUGGCGGCAGGAGCUGCACAGCCCACAGCAUUGGAAUCAUGGUAGAGCACGGCAGCGUUGCCGCAAAACUCGGCUCAAUAUCACCGGCAUCGAGGACUAUCCGAAUCUGCAGGAAUAUCUACCUCAUUGCUGGUCAGAUCCGGCACUUGGGACAACACUGCGGCAGCAUCUAACGCCGCCACUUCUGCAGCAAGCGGCCUUCGACAAAGCCGCUUUUCAACUUGAUAUCAUGCGAAAUGUUGGGGUACGUGAUAGUAGUCCUGAUAGUCAAGUUCCGGUUGAGCCGAAGCCCAAAAAUGGUGCUCCAACGUCGACUGUUGGUAGUCUUCCAAACAUUGUCCUGCAGGAAUUUCCGGUGCUACCACCCAAGAAUGCUGAAAUCUCAAUUGCCGAGGAGAACCCAAAAUCUCUGGAGUGUGCCAUUAGUGGGAAGUUAGAAAUUCGGGUUCUACCACUAGGAACAAGAGCGGUUGAAUAGCAUCAGGUUGAGGAGGGGUGGAGUUUACCAGCUGAUGGCUGUAGGUUCCAUGGAGCUGCACAAUCUAGUCGACACACACUCUAAUCCGCUAUGGAGGCAUUUUAAUUUACAAUUUUAAAGAAGCAUUUGCGUAAAAAAAAAGUUGGCAUUUUAAGUAGAAAUUCUUGGAGGCUUAUACUAUGGACUGUCGCCGCAGCACAUGGCUUUAACCAAAGGAUAUUUUAAUUGCUAAACGUGAAGACACCACAUCACACCAAAAUAUACAUAAAUUCGAUUGCUAAUGAAUUAAAAUAAUUGAAGUCGUGUGUAGUGUGAAAUAAAUCAUGGAUAUUA